AUGGCGGCUUCACGCGCUCUGAUGCGGCUUGGAGGCAGCCGCACUCUGGGCUCUGCCUCCUGGUCCUCCAGAUGCGUCCGUGCUUUCUCCUCUUCCCCUCUCCAAUAUGCGUCCAAGGCCGAGGACCAUGUCCCGAACAUGCGGCAUGCCCAGCGUCCGCCCCAGGGAGAACUCCGCGCUCCGAUUGUCAACCCAGCCGACAAGUACCAGGACAAGGCUGAGAGCCUGCACAAGUACGGCCAGUACAUCAUGUCCUGCCUGCCCAAAUACGUGCAGCAAUUCUCCGUGUGGAAGGACGAGCUCACCAUCUACGUGCCCCCAUCCGGGCUCAUUCCGGUCAUGAGCUUCCUCAAAUACCACACUGCGGCCGAGUUCACGCAGAUUUCCGACAUUACGGCGGUCGACUACCCCACCCGGGAGCAGCGCUUCGAGGUGGUCUACAACCUGCUCAGCGUCCGUCACAACUCCCGAAUCCGGGUCAAGACCUACGCCGACGAGGCCAGCCCCGUGCCCAGUGUCACCUGUCUGUACGAUGGCGCGCUGUGGUAUGAGCGGGAGGUCUACGACAUGUUUGGAGUGUUCUUCACCGGCCAUCCGGAUCUGCGCCGGAUCAUGACCGACUACGGCUUUGAUGGCCACCCGCUACGCAAGGACUCCCGUUGA